AUGGGCGCGCGGGCGCGUUGCUGUCUGUCUCUUGACCGCAACUCGCGCCACGUCACCAGCUGGACCAGACACUCUGACCGGGCGACGGUCGUUGUUCUUUCCCUUUCCGCCGCUUCGAGGCUUUCAGGCGCGCAAGACAGACAGACAGAACACAACUCGUCACCGCCAAGAAGGAAAGCGUGCAUGCAGCAGCAAAUCCGCAAGCUGUGCCGUGCCUAUUUCGCGCGCAACAGGGCAGAAAAUGGGCAAGGCAUCCUUGCCGAGAGCCACGUUUUGGGAAUCAAGAAGUCCCCAACCAACCAACCUGGACUAGUAAAAGAAAAGGCCAUUGUCGAACGGCAUCUAUACACGUCUCUCACUACGUACUAG